AUUAGUGAGUUCGGUUCAUAUGACUAUAUCUAUUUUUAGUCAUAUAGAUGUCCGCUAAUUCAUUGUACUGUUGCGGAAAUUCAUCAUUGUAUGAUUUGGAAAAUAACACUUGCAGUUUAAUCCGCCAAGGAUAAUUUUGUUCGUUUGAGAAACUGAUGGUAGUGUAAAUUGCUAGGCAACAUAGACAACGCCAUUUGCUAAGACAUGCAUGUAAAUAUUGGAAUUUACGUAACUUUGAUUUUGCUCCUCGUUUGCAUUGUCCAGACUUCAAGUAAAAAAUAUGAACCAAACUGGGAGUCUAUAGACUCACGACCUCUGCCUGGCUGGUUUGAUGAUUCCAAAGUCGGUAUUUUGAUUCAUUGGGGUGUGUUUUCCGUGCCUUCGAUCUUGUCAGAAUGGUUCUGGUACCAGUGGAAGACAAAGACCCCCGUUCUGGUUGAUUUCAUGAAAGAGAAUUAUCGACCUGAUUUCACCUACCCAGACUUUGCACCACAAUUAACAGCAGAAUUUUUCAAUGCAGAAGAAUGGGCGAAUUUGUUGAAGCUUUCAGGAGCCAAGUAUGUAGUAUUAGUUGCUAAGCACCAUGAAGGUUAUACCAUGUGGCCUUCUAACUAUUCCUGGAACUGGAACAGCAUGGAUGUCGGCCCUAAAAGAGAUAUUGUUGGUGAGGUUGCAGACGCCAUUAGGAAGAAUACAGACAUGCAUUUUGGACUUUACCACUCCUUGUUCGAAUGGUUCAAUCCAAUAUUUGAGCAAGAUAGAGCUAAUGGUUUCAAAACACAAGAUUUUGUUUCUAUGAAGACUAUGCCAGAACUAUACGAAAUUGUCAAUAAAUACAAACCGGAAAUAAUAUGGUCUGAUGGGUCACAUGCUGCCAAGGACGACUACUGGAAUGCUACAAAUUUUCUUGCUUGGCUCUAUAACGAUAGCCCUGUUAAAGACUAUGUUGUGACCAAUGAUAGAUGGGGUGUCAAUGACAACUGCAUACAUGGAGGAUUCGUCAAUUGUGGAGACAGAUUCAAUCCAAAGGUACUACACAAGAGAAAAUGGGAGAACGUGAUGACACUCGACCGUUACUCCGCUGGAUACAGAAGAAAUGCUAAACUUGCGGACUACUUUUCUGUGCAUGAGCUGCUGACAGAGGUCGCUCAAACUGUCAGUUGUGGAGGAAAUAUAUUGAUUAAUAUCGGAAUCACCAAAGAGGGCACAAUCACUCCAGUGUUUCAGAAUAUAUUGCUGAAACUCGGUGGAUGGCUUGAAGUCAACGGAGAAGCUAUUUAUGGCUCCAGACCCUGGUUAUAUCAAAGUGACAACGUAACAAAAGACGUUUGGUACACCUCCAAUAUGGUCGAACAAGAUGUGUUUGUGUAUGCAAUCCUGUUAUCCUGGCCAAGGAACAACAACACGGUAUCACUUGGAUCAACAAUCAUGACAACAAGUACAACAGUCGUUAGCAUGUUAGGAUAUAACGGUAACUUUUCCUGGAGACCAAAUGCAUAUGGAGGAAUCGACGUUACCAUACCACCAAUACCUUUCAACUUGAUGCCUAGUGUAGACGCAUGGGUAUUGAAAAUAUCAGGACUGAAAAACGUUUCUAGACGUAACUGAAUGUGUUCCUUAUUUUUUUUUUACAGCUAUAGUUUUUGUACUGAUUGAUUUCUGAACUUUUGAAUCUCAUAUUUUUAUAGUGCUUGUUAUUUUUUUGAAAAAAAUUGUUGAUGUUGUAUUUUAUAUUGUCACAAUUAUUUUCAUACUUUUCUAUGAUGUAAUCAUGGUAAUGUUAGGACUACUCUUGUCUUAAAAAAGCAUAAUACAAAUGUGUGUUUGUAUUUAUUUCUUAAUUAAAUAUCUUACAUAAAUUGUCCGAUAAGCAAAAUAAAUAAUUGUGUCAUGCAUGUGCAUUUUUGCCACUGCCUUCAUAUAAUGACAAUUAUUAUAAUAAAAUUAAAAUACAUUCA